ACUGGGCACUCAGUAACUGUUGACUCAGUGACACCAGCUGCCCCUUGCCCCCAUGGUCUCCUCACCUAAACUACUGCCCGGCCCCCGCCCCCCUAUUGUCUUUCUUCUCUUCCCAGUCGCAGGGCCUGCUGUCUGCAUCUCUUCCCUGAGCAUGGCGCGCCCCAAAAAGCCUAACAUGCUUGAUCUGGGCCUGGGCACCUGGAGCCCUGGCAGCCAGGAGGAGAGUCGCAAGACUCCGGCACCUUCCAAGAACAAGCAGCUGCCGGAGUACAAGGCCGUGGUGGUGGGCGCGAGUGGGGUGGGCAAGAGUGCACUGACCAUCCAGCUGAACCACCAGUGCUUUGUGGAAGACCAUGACCCCACGAUCCAGGAUUCCUACUGGAAGGAGGUGACCCUGGACCACGGCGGCUACAUUCUGAAUGUGCUGGAUACAGCCGGGCAACCCACUCACAAGGCCCUGCGUGACCAGUGCUUGGCUGUUGGGGAUGGUGUGCUGGGUGUCUUCGCCCUCGAUGACCCGUCAUCUCUAACCCAGCUGCAGCAGAUGCGGGCCACCUGGGGCCCUCACUAUACCCGGCCCCUCGUCCUUGUGGGCAACAAGUGCGACCUUGUGACCACCGCUGGAGAUGCUCAUGCUGCUGCUAUAGAUCUAGCCAAGAGCUGGGGGGCCCCCUUCGUGGAGACCUCAGCCAAAACGCGGCAAGGUGUAGAGGAGGCCUUUGCCCUGCUCAUCCACGAGAUCCAGAAGGUCCGGGAGGUCCAGGAGGCCAUGGCAAAGGAGGCUGAGAAUAAGACCCGGCAUCAGAAGACCAUGUGCCACUGUGGCUGCUCUGUGGCCUGAAGGUCUUGAUCAAGAAACAUGGACCAUCCCCCAGGCCAGGGUGGAUGCUUCCCUGCUAUGAGAACCCCGAGACUAGCUGUGUGGGACACCGGGUGUAUUUAGGAUAGAUGGACCCCUCUUCCGGGGAGGUUUUCAUUCGGUGGUGGGGUUUUUGGUACUGUGGAACAUACUGUUGG